GGAAUAGAGGUACAGUCUGGCAGCCGGGGCAGCUGCUAUGCCGCUGGGACGAUGGCUGCGUUUGGGAUGUUGAGUUAUGAACACCGUCCCCUCAAACGGCCCAGACUCGGUCCUCCGGAUGUUUAUCCUCAAGACCCGAAGCAAAAAGAGGAUGAACUCACUGCAUUGAAUGUCAAGCAGGGAUUUAAUAACCAGCCAGCUGUAUCAGGGGAUGAACACGGCAGCGCUAAAAAUGUCAAUUUUAACCCCUCUAAGAUCAGUUCAAACUUCAGCAGCAUCAUUGCAGAGAAGCUGCGAUGCAACACAUUUCCAGACACAGGAAAAAGGAAGCCACAGGUCAACCAGAAGGACAACUUCUGGCUGGUCACGGCAAGAUCACAGAGCUCCAUCAACAACUGGUUCACAGACUUGGCCGGGACCAAACCUCUUACUCAGCUUGCCAAGAAGGUUCCUAUCUUCAGCAAGAAAGAGGAGGUUUUCGGCUACUUGGCCAAGUACUUGGUUCCAGUGAUGCGCUCCGCCUGGAUGAUCAAAAUGACAUGCGCAUAUCAUGCUGCUAUAACUGAGACUAAAGUCAAGAAGAGACACGUCAUUGACCCAUGCAUAGAAUGGACUCAGAUAAUUACAAAGUACCUCUGGGAGCAGCUGCAAAAGGUGGCCGAGUUUUACCGGCAGUCACCCAGCCAGGGCUGCGGCUCUCCUCUGCCUGCUCCUCCAGCCGAGGUGGAGACUGCCAUGAAACAGUGGGAGUACAACGAGAAACUGGCCAUGUUCAUGUUUCAGGAUGGCAUGCUGGACAGACAUGAGUUUUUGACCUGGGUUCUAGAAUGCUUUGAGAAGAUUCGUCCUGGGGAGGAUGAGCUUUUGAAGUUGCUACUGCCUCUCCUUCUACAGUACUCUGGAGAGUUUGUGCAGUCAGCCUAUCUGUCAAGGAGGCUGGCAUACUUUUGUACACGCCGGCUUAACUUGCUGCUUAGCGAUGGAAGUCUGGGGCCCAGCACGGGAGGACAUGCACCCCACGGCAUCUCAGGCCAGCCUGGCAAUGCUCUUCCCCCAACCCCGACCUCCCAGCCAGCUGGGGGUAACCAGCCCCAAACGCCAUUCACCGACUUCUACAUCUGCCCCCUGCACCGGCCUGUCGUGUUCGGCCUCAGCUGCAUGCUCCAGAGUAUUGUACUGUGCUGUCCUAGUGCAUUGGUGUGGCACUAUUCACUAACCGACAGUCGGAUUAAAACCGGAUCUCCACUAGACCUUCUGCCCAUAGCCCCUUCUAACCUGCCCAUGCCAGGGGGCAAUACCACCUUCAACCAGCAGGUCCGUGCUAAAGUCAGGGAAAUUGAGGAGCAGAUUAAAGAGAGAGGGCAGGCAGUGGAGUUUCGCUGGUCAUUUGACAAAUGUCAGGAAACAACAGCCGGCUUCACAAUCGGUCGGGUCCUGCACACACUGGAGGUUCUUGACAACCACAGCUUUGAGAAGUCUGACUUUAGUAAUUCACUGGACUCCCUAUACAACCGGAUCUUUGGCUCAGGCCAGAGUAAAGAUGGACAUGAGAUGAGUCCAGAUGAUGACGCGGUGGUCACUCUGCUGUGUGAGUGGGCUGUGUGCUGCAAGCGUUCAGGCAGGCACAGAGCCAUGGUGGUUGCUAAGCUGCUAGAGAAGAGACAGACUGAGAUUGAGGCAGAGAGGUGUGGCGAAUCAGAGGUGGUGGAUGAGAAGGGCUCGGUGUCAUCUGGAUCUCUCUCAGCUGCCACUCUACCCGUCUUUCAGGACGUUCUGCUGCAGUUCCUGGAUACCCAGGCUCCUGUGCUUACAGAGCCCGGUAAUGAAAGUGAGCGCGUGGAGUUUUCUAACCUAGUGCUGCUCUUCUGCGAGCAAAUCCGCCAUGAUGUCUUCUCCCACAACAUCUACAUGUGCACACUCAUCUCCCGAGGCGACCUGGCCUCUGAUUCCCACCUGCCCCGUCCCCGUUCCCCAAGCGACGAGCCGUCAGACGAGUCAGAACGCAAAGACCAAGAUGCUGGAAGCAGCGUCAAAAUGGAGGACACUGGUCUGUCUGAGCCUAUGGAAAUAGAUAACAACUCCAGUGCCAACUUUGAUGAGCAGAUGUUUUCUCCCCCUAUGCACUGUGAGACAAAGGGAAGCCCCUCACCGGAAAAGGCUGCCCCAGAGCAAGAUGGGAAAAGCACUGCCAAGGAGAAAGGCUUGGAACCAACAUUCCCCCAGGUUUACGAGCAGCCUCGCCACAUUCAAUACGCCACUCACUUCCCAAUACCUCAGGAGGAAAGUGCUAGUCAUGAAUGCAAUCAGCGUCUCGUGGUUCUGUAUGGAGUGGGCAAGCAGAGAGACGAGGCUCGGCACUCCAUCAAGAAGAUCACUAAAGACAUCUUAAAAGUGCUGAACCGCAAGAGCACUGCUGAGACUGGAGGUGAGGAAGGGCAGAAGAGGAAGAAAAGUAAACCAGAGGCCUUCCCUACUGCAGAGGACAUUUUCUCCAAAUUUCAGCACCUCUCUCACUUUGACCAGCACCAGGUCACCUCUCAGGUGUCCAGGAAUGUUCUGGAACAAAUCACCAGCUUUGCCUUAGGGAUGUCCUAUCACCUCCCCCUGGUCCAACACAUCCAGUUCAUCUUUGAUCUCAUGGAAUAUUCUCUUAAUAUUAGUGGCCUCAUUGACUUUGCCAUUCAGCUGCUGAACGAAUUGAGUCUAGUAGAAGCAGAGCUGCUGCUGAAGUCCUCAAGUCUUGCAGGCAGCUACACAACUAGCUUGUGCCUGUGCAUUGUGGCUGUACUCCGACGCUACCACUCCUGCCUCAUCCUAAACCCUGACCAAACCGCACAGGUUUUCGAUGGGCUGCGCAUCGUGGUGAAGUCGGGAGUUAAUCCUGCUGACUGUUCUUCUGCUGAACGCUGUAUCCUGGCAUACCUGUAUGAUCUCUAUACAUCCUGCAGUCACCUAAAGAGCAAGUUCGGAGAGAUCUUCAGCGAGUUCUGCUCCAAGGUGAAGAAUUCCAUCUACUAUAACAUCGACCCAUCAGACUCCAACAUGCUGUGGGACCAGGUAUUCAUGAUCGAUGCCAUAGCAAACCCUUCAGCUCACAACCUCAACCACUCCAUGGUCGGCAAGAUUCUCAACGACAGUGCGGCUAACCGCUAUAGCUUUGUGUGUAACGUCCUGAUGGAUGUGUGUGUGGACCACCGGGACCCUGAGAGGGUAAACGAUAUCGGGAUCCUGUGUGCUGAACUGACAGCAUACUGUCGUUCUCUGAGUGCCGAAUGGCUGGGAGUGCUGAAGGCCCUGUGCUGCUCCUCCAACAAUGGCAACUGUGGCUUCAAUGACCUGCUCUGUAACGUUGACGUGAGCGACUUAUCAUUUCAUGACUCCCUGGCUACAUUUGUUGCCAUCCUUAUAGCUCGCCAGUGUCUGCUGCUUGAGGAUCUGGUGCGCUGUGUGGCCAUCCCUUCUCUUCUUAAUGCUGCAUGUAGUGAGCAGGACUCCGAGCCAGGUGCCAGGCUGACCUGUAGGAUUCUGCUGCACCUUUUCAGAACCCCUCAGAGAAACCCAUGCCCACAGGAUGGCAAGUCAGAUAAGGCAACAGUGGGCAUCAGGUCAUCAUGUGAUCGACACUUGCUAGCUGCAUCUCAGAACAGCAUAGUGGUGGGUGCGGUGUUUGCUGUUCUGAAGGCUGUCUUCAUGCUGGGGGAUGCUGAGUUAAAGGGCUCAGGCUUCUCUCACCCUGCUGGUUUGGAUGACAUAGGGGAGGAUGACAUGGGAUCCAAAAAAUCCGGAGGCCGCAACAUCUCCAUAGAAACAGCCAGCUUAGAUGUUUAUGCCAAGUAUGUGCUGAAAAGCAUCUGCCAGCAGGAGUGGGUGGGGGAACGAUGUCUGAAGUCUCUGUCAGAAGACAGCAGUGCUUUGCAGGACCCAGUGCUGGUGAAUAUCCAGGCCCAAAGGCUACUACAGCUCAUCUGCUACCCACACAGGCAGCUAGAUAGCGAGGAGGGAGACAACCCACAGAGACAGCGCAUCAAUCGCAUCCUUCAGAACUUGGAUCAGUGGACAAUGAGACAGUCUUCACUAGAGCUCCAGCUCAUGAUCAAACAAAGCUCUAAUAAUGAGCUGUAUUCCCUGCUGGAAAACAUUGCCAAGGCAACCAUCGAGGUUUUCCAGAAGUCUGCCGAGAUGAACUCCAGUAACCCUUCCUGCAAUGGAUCUGCCGCCUCCGGCAGCUCCGUCUCCAACAGCAACAACACCAGCAAGCUCAAACCAGUGCUCAGUUCAUCAGAGCGUUCAGGCGUGUGGCUGGUGGCCCCACUGAUUGCAAAGCUGCCCACCUCAGUGCAGGGCCAUGUACUCAAAGCAGCAGGAGAAGAACUGGAAAAGGGUCAGCACCUUGGGUCAUCGUCUCGCAAGGAGAGAGAUAGACAGAAACAGAAGAGUAUGUCUCUACUAAGCCAGCAGCCCUUCCUGUCUCUGGUAUUGACAUGUCUGAAAGGCCAGGAUGAGCAGAGAGAGGGCCUUCUCACCUCCCUCUACAGCCAAGUACAGCAGAUAGUCACUAACUGGCGUGAAGACCAGUACCAGGAUGACUGCAAAGCCAAGCAGAUGAUGCAUGAGGCUCUGAAGCUGCGACUCAAUUUGGUGGGCGGUAUGUUUGACACGGUGCAGCGAAGCACACAGCAGACAACCGAAUGGGCAGUGCUUCUCCUCGACAUUAUUAGCAGCGGCACAGUUGAUAUGCAGUCCAACAAUGAGCUCUUCACCACUGUACUGGACAUGCUGAGUGUGCUGAUCAAUGGGACGCUGGCAGCAGACAUGUCCAGCAUUUCUCAAGGCAGCAUGGAGGAGAACAAAAGGGCUUACAUGAACCUGGUCAAGAAACUCAGGAAAGAACUGGGUGAUCGCCAGUCAGAAAGUCUGGAGAAGGUCCGACAGUUACUGCCACUACCCAAGCAGACACGGGACGUCAUCACCUGUGAACCCCAGGGCUCACUCAUAGACACCAAAGGCAACAAAAUUGCUGGCUUUGAGAAAGAGGGCUUGCAGGUGUCCACGAAGCAAAAGAUCUCGCCGUGGGAUGUGUUUGAGGGACUGAAGCACUCGGCGCCGCUUUCCUGGGGCUGGUUCGGCACAGUUCGUGUCGACCGCAAGGUCACUCGCUUCGAGGAACAACAGCGCCUCCUGCUGUACCACACCCACCUGAAACCCAAACCACGCAGCUAUUACCUGGAGCCACUACCUCUGCCUCCAGAGGAAGAAGAGCCUCCCACCCCUGUACAGCAAGAACCUGAAAAGAAGAUGGUCGAGACAGUAAAAACAGAUAAGAACGUUACCAAUGUGGGCCAGGAUCCUACCAGGAAGAAGCCCAAGAAGAAGAAAAAUCCAUCCACAAGUAAACCAGAGGAUCACACUGCUCGUAAUUCAGGUGGUAUGCCUUACGGACAAGGCAUGACUGCUGACCUCGGAAACAUGGGCCAGGCCAGCCACUCAUACAGAAUGAGCUACAAUCAGCCGCCUAUGAUGUACACCCAAAAUCAACCUCUUCCACCAGGAGGACCAGGCCUGGAGCCCCCAUACCGACCGCGUGUGCCUAUGGCCAGCAACCCACGUGGUUUACCCCCACGCCCCAACUAUCCAGGCAUGAUGCCAGGCGGUAUGCAGGGUGGCAUGGGCAUGAUGGGUAUGGAGAAUAAGCAGUACCAAAUGAACUUCAAGCCACAGCCUCCCAUGGGCCAAAACCAGAUACUUCGCCAGCAGCUGCAGGCCAGACUAAAUCAGAACAUGAUGGGUCAGCAGAUCAGACACAUGCCUCCCAAUCAGCCAUAUACCUCCAUGCAGCCAUCACAAAACAUUUCACAGGGAUACCACAUGGUGAUGCAGCCACACCCCUCACAAACUGGUGGAAUGGGUCCUUCAUCGUACGGUAACCAGGGCUUCCAGGGAACUCAUCCUGGUCAGACCCCUAAUGUGGUGGACCCUCUCAGACAAAUGCAGCAGAGGCCGAGCGGAUACGUCCACCAGCAGGCUCCUGGAGCUUACACACACAAUAUGCAAAACGCACAAAGGUUUAGCCAUCAGCCCAUGCAGCAGGCACCCAUGAUGCAUGGCCUGGGGCAGGGCCACAUGGCGGCACAGGGUGUGCACCCCAACAUGCGGCCCAAUCAGAUGCUAGACCAGCAGCAGCGGCAGCAAGCGCAGCAGCAGCAGCAGCAGCAAGCGCAGCAGCAGCAAGCACAGCAGCAGUUUUUGAGGCAGCACCAGGCUCUACAGCAACAACAGCAGCAGCAGCAGCAGCAACAACAGGUGCAGCAGGUUCCCUCCCAGCAGGUGCAGCAACCUCAACAGGUACAACAGCAGCAGGUACAACAGCAGCAGGUGCAGCAGCAGCAGCAGCAGCAGCAGCAGGUAGGAGCAGCACAACCCACCGGUCAGCCCCAGAGUCAGGCCCUGGGCAUGCAGCCUCUGCCACCACAGCAGCCCAUGUUUCCUCGACAGGGCAUGCAGCAGACACAACAGCAGCAACAGACUGCAGCUCUGGUCAGACAGCUCCAACAGCAACUCUCAAAUACACAACCUGGACAGAACACAAGCUCAUAUUACUAAGUGCAAGUCACACAUGGGCCUUUCUGAAAUGGACAGCUCAACUCCAGGCUUCAUGGUGUACGGAUCUGCAAGCUGGGGACUUCAAAGUGACAGGGCCGGACUUCGGGCUAAAAAGCUUGAAGGACAGUGUAAUCUGACCACAGUGCUGUUUCUAGAAGUUAACCCUCUGAUUGGUGGCACUGUGAACUAGCAAAGGAGUACUUCAUGUAAAAAAUACAGAAGAGAAGAAGAAUGCAAGUUUUUUUUUCUUUUUUUAAUUUUAUUUCACUUUGUAAAAUGUUUCAGUUUCGUGUAUUCUCAUUAAAAAAAAUAAUGUCCUUUUUUUA